CUCGAUGAAUGUCAUCGCGAAAUGACAACAAACACAAUCACUAUCAAACAGUCGAGCGUUGGCGUAUCAUUUUAAUGUUUGCAUUGGCAUUAUCUCAAAAUUUCCAUCUGGAACACGAACUAUUUUGACCCGGUGUGAGUGUAUUCCUGAGUCGCUAUUUUUCAUUCAAAUAAACUUCGAAAAUGAUCAACACUUGCAAGGAAUGCGGAUGUACGUGCAAACAUUGUGGAAGAGUUGAUAAUGACAUCCAUCUUCAUCUCGAAAUCGAAAAUCUCAAGCAGAAGCUUGCUGAAAGGGACAGUCAUAUCAUAAGGAUGGAGACCAAUUUUUUGAACGAAUCCACCGUUGAUAGCGACGAAAUGAUGCUUCUCAAAGACGAGUUACUUACUUUACAAGAUAAACAUAAAAGGCUGUCUGAUGCACAUAAACGAGUCCAAAGAGUGAAUCAAGGGUUAGAAGAUAAAUUGUUAAAACUAGUGGAUGCUUGUGAAACUGAUAAAAGUGCUCUAGCUAAAGAUGUGGCUGUUCUUUCUGAAAAGUUAGCGGAGGCCAAUUAUACGGUGAAAAAACUCACUGAAAGCAAUGAAAGGUACAAGAAGGAUGUCAAUGUUGCCAUACAAUUCCUCCAAUGCAAGCAGAGCAACUUUGUCGGCCAUAAAUUCGACACUUUACCUCCAGAGAUCCAGGGCGAAGUAUCGGUUUUCAUGACUCACAAGAAGAAACCGGAAGAAAGGAAACUGAUCGAACCGAAAAGCAUCAAAGUUCCAAUACCGACUUUUCCUCCAACCGCCAUGUUUUACUCGGUACCGAAAUCGCCGAAGGAGGAGAGACGGAUCGUGGAAGAGGCGCCCCCAUCUACUCCCCCGGUGGACGUGGUUUCGGCGGCCAUAAUGGCCAAAGUACUGGAGGAGAGACAGAAAGAGCGGAUGUGCAUCAAACACUGCGACACCUGCACCUGCUCCAAGAAUUUGAAACUCACCGACCCCAACAGACACCACGACGUGGGAACUCAAACCGACGAGUUCAAGCAGUCUUGUAAAACUUGCAAAGAGGCCAGUUUUCAGAUCCUCAAGCUGCCCAGGAGCGCCGACAUAGCGAAUGCCAAAAUGCCAAAUUUCGAACUCGAAAAUUGCAAUAAUAUAGUGAAAGUACAACCUAAUAAUUUUCUCGUGGAAAAGAGUAGUUCCAACGCAUCGAGCCUUAUAGAUCUCGACAUCAACCUGAACUCGGAGAGCGUGGUCUUGGAACCAAACGUUUUAGUGAGUGCAGUCGGUGUUGAAUGCAAUAAUAAAAUAAAUCAGCCGAGGCUAGAUAAUAGUUUUUUAAAAAAGCAUGAAGGUUUGCAGGGUCAACCACUUCCUACUUUCCAGAAUUUCAAAAUUUCUAGUGAAGUUCCUUCAAACCUGAAUAGUAAAACAAUAGCUUCUUUCACACCGUUGAUCCCUCACUCCGCUCAGAUUGAUAGAAAGAACCAAGCCGUCAAAGCUUAUGGCAACAAACUCAAUCUCGUUCACGCUCACAAAACUACAGAUAGUGAUAUAUCAAUUGUGAAUUCUGUUAGAAAAGAUGUAGAAGACAAAACGGAGGACCAAAAUCAAGGUACUAAUUUUCAGAAUAACAAAGAAAAUUUUCAAAAUUUAGAUAGGUCAAAAUAUCAAGAAAUGGAGGAGAAUGUUAAAAGGUUCCUUUUCAAAAAGACUGAACUCUGGAAAGAACAGUCUGAGAGUUUCCCUAGAAACGAUGAAGCUACGAACGAUUUACAACAAACUUUUUCACAUACACAAACAGAGAUAUAAUUUAGGGCCAUCUGAAGACUUUGUUGUUGUUUUCGUAUUGUUUUGAGAUUAUUUGUUGAUUUAUUUUUAUGGAUAUUUUUCGUCAUCCUGCUCUCUUGUAAUUCUAUUCGUUGUUUUAAUUUUGCACCUGCUACCAAAUAAUCCUAUUAUGUUGUUUUAAUUUUUUGUUAUUUCUCGAUUCUUGCUCAUUUCAAAUUUAGAUUGGGGCGAAAUUUCACCAAAUUUUUCGUGUUUUUGUUCCUCAUUUCCCAAGCUCCUGAAUUUGAAGAAUGUCGAAAAAAAUUGACUUUAACCGAAGAGUGAAACUUUGCCCUAAACGGAGAGGAAUGUAAGUCCUCAAACUUUAGGCCUUCAGAAAACUCUUUCAGUGAAUGUAUGAUGUUAUCAGGUGUUCUUGGAGCAUCCUAUAUGUACUGCUACAUUUAACCUUAGAUUUGUCGUAUCAAAACUUUUUUAUUU